AUGCGUUUGACCGAGACCCUGCUAGCUGUCGCCGUCGUUCUGCUCGCUAGCAGCGACAACUUUGCUGUCACCGCUUCCAAGGCCACCACCACGCAAGAUGGACUGUACGCUGAUCUCUAUCAUGUCGAAGACGGCGCCGUCACGGACAAGAUGCAUGUCCCUCUCGGCAAGGUCGAGCAGUACAAGGAGUCUGAUUUCAAGCAGCUGAAGGGCAAACUCGGGGCGGACGACGAGGAAAUGCCAAUUCAAAAGUCGUACGAGUUGCCAAUUUCCUUUUCAAGAAGCUGGAGCGUUUUGUAG